AUGCGAUUACGGGUCCACAAUGGCAUGCUUUUGGCUCUAUCCCCACUAUCUGCUUGGGGCUGGAGAUGUGCCACACCAGUGUUCCGAACGAGGCAACCAUGUAUUGGGGCCCCAACACGCACCCCCUGCCCUGCUCCCGUUGCUCGGAAUCCAUCGUGGCCCCCCGUGCUCAUGGAUGUGGCCCGUCGCCAGCUCGAGUUGAGCCAGGGUGGGCCAAAAGAUCUACGUCUUUCCUGCUCUCUCGCUGUUUUGUGCCGCUCAUUGGUCCCACCACACUUCAACACCAUUACUUCGCCUCUGCCUUCACCUCACCCCAUUCUCGCAGCUCUAGUCUCCAAGCCUCCUCCUACUCCUCCUGACCCCCCUUCCCCCUCUCCUCCGACCUGUUGUGCCCCUACGACAAUCGCUCCCGUCGGACAGGCCAUUUUCCAGCCUCAGAGUACCAAUUGGGACACGAUAUCAAAAAAAAGUCCGACCUCACUCCUUAAUACGCCCUUUGGGCGGCCUGCAGGACCAGAGGACGGUUUAGCAAAGUUUCGAUCAAAGUACAGUCCUGCCAGGCCUGAACAGCACAGCUAUCCCUCUCCUCCCAUGUCAGAGUCGCAUUCUCCCGCACGUCGAUCCGCUCAGACAUCCGAAGCUGUGCGUCCAUCCUACCCGCCCAAUGUGGGCGCCACGCAGAGACAAGAGGCAGGUUUGCCUCUACUACCACCUUCCUCGUCUCUGCUUGAACCACGAUCGCUAGUAGAUGCCCAUGGACAUGCCCAUCAUCGAUCAAUGUACCCUGGCGAAUCCCAGCAUAGAGCUGGCCACUUGCUUCGCUAUCAGCCUCCACAUCCGACUGAGCAUCAUCCCUACGGCCAUGUGGCGGUAUCACAUACUUCCGGCUAUGGAUUCACAAGUCAUAUGAACCCUUAUGCACCAGGCGCUCAUCUCGGAGGUCCAAUGGUACAGCAUGCUGCACUGAUUCCACCACCAUCCGUCAGACCCAACAAACCGGCUAGAAGAACAAAGGCCCAUGUGGCAUCAGCUUGCGUCAAUUGUAAAAAAGCACAUCUUAGCUGCGACGUCCAGCGCCCGUGCGGCCGCUGUGUGUCUUCGGGCAAGCAGGACUCUUGCAAGGAUGUACAGCACAAGAAACGAGGGAGGCCGCGGUUGAGGGACGAUAGGGAGUUUAUUAGACCAGAGGAAGGAAGACCAUCACAGAGCCAGCUGCCGGGCACUUUCGUCGCGCCCGAUGAAUUUGUGCAUCAGCCGCACUUUGCUGCCUCGAGCGCGCAUCGAACAUCAGACCAAGAACUCGUUAUGCGCAGUACCGGACCGAGAUCAGAAUUUGCCAAUGCGAGAUCCAAUAUUGCGCCUUUGUCCGAACGUGGUCACUCAGGACUCAGUGGGAGUGUUGGGGUGACGCCCUCUUCGUAUUCAGCGGGACCGAAUUUGGCGUACCAUUGUCUACCCGUUGCCUUUCUCAAUCUAGAUCUCGUAAUCCAAAAGUCGAAUCAGGCAUUUGCAGAUCUCGUCUCGUUUCUGGGCGAUGCGAAGGGUAAACACCUGGGCGACCUUCUCGAAGCUCGGCAGAAUGAAAGCUUGCAGAGACUGCGCAAUGAGUUGCGCGACGAGAGAGACGAGCGCGAACCAGCGUACAUGGCACCCAUUACCCCCAUAGGACACGAUCCGAUGCAUGCAGUCAUGGAUACUGUGGCAGACUAUGAUGUCGACCAUGUCAGCCAGGGGUUUACCGCCCGCUCCAUGUUCUUGAGCUUCCGACUGCCAGGCACAGGGCAAUACCAGUCGCUUCAGGUCCAGGUUCGGCUGGCGAAGACAUCGCUUUACUUUGUUACCAUGGUGGUGCGCUCACCGCCGCGCCAUAACGUCCCUUCUAUCCUUCCGCAAAAGCUCGUCACGCCAACGCGUGCCAUGCACCAAGCGUCCGGAGACCAAUUCACUUCCCGACCUACAUCGUCCACCAGCACGGCACCAAGCUCACCCUUCUUCAACUUCGCCUCCAUCCGCACCUCCCUCCCCGCCCUCAGUCCCAGCUCGUACGGUGGCAGCCCCUCAUACGCCUACUCACCCACUCCCAGCCAAGACUCGGGCUACCUCCCCACCACCCAGCCACGCAGCUCGCACCCAACGUCCACCUAUCCUUCCCCUUACACAUCCGGCUCACGCAAACCCCCUGCCACCUCUGAGCCAGCACAGGACCUCGCCCGCCCCGCCCGUCUCGAGGGCUUACACCUUCCCCCGAUUCGCACCACGGCCACCACCUCCGCCGCCCCGCUUGGUUCCCCGCUCCACGCCGAAACAGGACUGCCUGCGCCUUUGCGCACGGAAUCAGAUCGUCUGCGGCAUCGCGAGGUUCUCGGCGUGGCUGAACAGCGGAGGCCCGCGACGCCGGAGAGCGGGAAGCGGCGGCGGCUGAACAUCCAUGAGGUGCUGGACUGA